AUGGUUGAAGGUAAAAUCCAACAAGCGUCCUGCAGCGGUUCGUUCGUUAUCAGCGCCGCCAAAAUCGAUUCCCGCAUCAAGGCCAUCGCCAUAGCGAGUAUGUAUGACAUGGGCUCAGUCACCCGCAAUGGGCUGCGUCAUGCUCAGACCCUUGAGCAGCGUGAAGAAAUUAUUCUACGUGCAUCGGAGCAGCGCUGGGCGGAGGUUGACGGGGCUGAAGUUGCAGUCACUGGCGGCACACCUAACGUGCUCACCAAUGAGUCAACCGCCAUUGACCGCGAGUUUUACGACUUCUACCUCACCUCUCGUGGUGAGUUCACCCCACCGACAACCACGCCAAACCUCACUACCCUUCCCACUGUCGCAAGUCAAACCAAGUUCUUGAACUUCUAUCCCCUUAACGAUAUCGACGCCAUCUCCCCACGUCCAAUGCUUUUCAUCUCUGGUGACCAGGCACACUCACGUGAGUUUAGUGAGGAGGCAUAUGCGCGUGCUGGCUUCCCAAAGGAGUUAGUCUGGAUUCCGGGCGCAGGACAUGUCGAUCUCUACGACCGCGUUGAGCUCAUUCCCUUCGACAAGCUCACCCAAAUCUUCCAGCAAAUUCUUGCCGCCAACUAA